AAAGGAUUAUUCCGGACAACUGUGUGGAAGAAACCCUCAUGGGCUCCGUUUUCUGACUAAAGGAAUCGAGACUUUCCUCCGUCAUCUGCACCUGCUCCACGCCCUCCCCUCACCUUCACCUCCUCUGACGAGAGGCCUGGUUGGAGUGGGCAGAGUGGAGGCUGGGUAAGGAGCUGCUGCGUCCGCAAGGGGAGCGGAGACGGUGGAUAUGGACCUGGACGUGAUGGCUGACAACGUGAACCACGGAAAAGGAGGUUGUUUUAUGCUCAAUUGUGCGUCUUGAGAGAUAUAUCGUGCUGGUGAUUUAGGUUUAAUGCACAAUAAAGCUUUCCAGAGUGCAAGCAUGGGUGAAAACAGACGCACGCGCGGGUUGCCAGCUCGGGCAGAGCCCCGUCCAUGCAUGCGCGCUUGGUUUGUUUUCUUUUGCAGUGAUUUGAAUGAGCUUAUAUUACAAUUUGGAUGAUUUGAUUUGUGCCUUUUCCUGAUGCUGGGAUGCAACAGAUUUCACAGGCUUUGUCGGUUUGGCUUUGCGCAUUGUUCUGUGCGCAUCUUUCAUAUUUUUUCCUGCAGGGUUUGGCUUUCAUUCCUUCUCUAUUUUAGAUGUGGCGCAUAAGUUUUCAAGCAGAAACCAACUCAGCUGAUGACUUUUGGGUUUUAUACUGUGAUUUAAUAAAGAAAACAUCAACGUGAGCCAGUCCGCGCGGUGCUGGUGGUACCAGUGCCAUGCUUUCCAUUGGUUCCUGUUUACAUGAUGCCCACAGGACAGGCGGUGAUUGGUGGCUCCUCACACGUGACCAGGCAACUUUGUACAUUUGACAGGGAGUAGGAGGGUUUUGUGGAGAUCAGAAAAACGACAGCGCGAUAAAAAUUAGUAUUGUUGCACUUCACAAAUUAAUGACCAUGAGUUCCUACUUGAUAAACUCCAACUAUAUCGAGCCUUCCUUUCCUCCAUGCGACGAAUAUCAGCAGAGCGGAUACAUCCCCAGCCAUGGUGAUUACUACGACCGGCCAAAAGAUACGGGUUUCCCCCACCACGACGAGCAAUCCUAUCCGAGGUCAAACUACACAGAGACGGGUUACGAUUACGGUAACGUCCCCACCGCCGGACUCGACGAUUUUGGCGACGGGCACCACGCGCAGCAGCAGCAGCAGCCGCUUCCACAGAGCCACGGUCCGCGCCUCGCCGCGGCGCCGGACGGUGGCGCAGGGGCAAAUGCCAGCAAAGACUGCAGCCUCGGCAGCGAGGUGUAUCCCGGCGUGGCGAAGGGCAAGGAGCCGGUGGUCUAUCCUUGGAUGAAAAAGGUUCACGUUAGCACCGUCAAUGCCAGUUACAAUGGAGGAGUGCCCAAGAGGUCCCGCACCGCUUACACCCGCCAGCAGGCUCUGGAGCUCGAGAAAGAAUUUCACUUCAACCGCUACCUGACCCGGCGGAGGCGGGUGGAGAUUGCGCACACGAUGUGUCUAUCCGAGCGCCAGGUCAAGAUCUGGUUUCAGAACCGGAGGAUGAAGUGGAAAAAGGAGCACAAGCUUCCAAACACCAAGAUCCGCUCCUCCAGCUCGGCCUCAGCCUCCGGGCCCCAGCAGCAGCAGCAGCAGAUCAAAACAGGCCAGCAGCUCGUCCCCACGCCGUGCACUGUGGGUCUAUAGUGGAUGAACCUCCCAAAGGAAAAAAAAAUAAAAUCCCAGACUGAGAUGGCAAACAACACGGGUGGAGUUUGAUGGACCGAUCUUCAGUAUUUUACACUCUUGGUGUUAUCUUUGUCACCUUCUGCCAUUGGGCCCAUUUCACGUCUUUUGUACCCCUUCCCCAUACGGUCGCCCUCUUCAUAUAAGCUUGAAACACACAUUUAAUUGCCACGGUGGCAACUGAAGUCUUUAUAUAUUUGUUUAUAAUGAAAGAACGCACAUUCAAAUAGAUCUGUAUGUUUCAUUGGAAUGAGAGCAAAGUAAGUUUCAGCUCAUUUUUCUAUGUUGAUUUUGUUCUGUUUUUUAUAUAUUUUUUGAAUACUUUUGCUCACAGAAAGUACAAAUAUACUUGAAAGUUAUUAUAGCGAGAUGUCUGCCUCAGAAGCGACUCUAGAGGCAGGGUGUAGUUUGUGUGUUUGAGUGGGUCGGUUUUACUGUUGAAUGUAAGUGACUUUCACAUCAGAUGUACAUAGACAAAUCCUACCUAAUGAAGGCACAAUAAGGAAAAGCGUUUCGUUCACUCCGUUGGUGUCGUGAGGUCCAGUUUUCAUUUGUGCUCGUGCGUCCUUUUGUUGUGCUGUGUUCUAAAACUGUGAAUACGUGUACGUGUCGUCUCAGUAAAUGGCUGUUGCAAUGUAGGCUUAUAGCGUAUAGGUUUAACCCUGUUCUGAUGAAAUAAAUACGUGAUCAAGGCUGA